AUGGCACCGAUUCUCGCCAGAUCACUCAAUCGACUGUCCAAGGAAACUAUCCUGGAGCUUGCUCUCACAUGGCUGGGGAACAACCGCAAUUGUGCUCCGUAUUUGCGGGACAAUCGGACAGGCUUCGAAGCAGACGAAGAAGAUUACCUGCACACCCCUGCCGGGAGCAUUGAAGAACUGCGACAACUGUACGACGAUCUCAAAAGGAAUGUCGAAAAAGUUUCUAAGCGCGACAUUAUUGAUCGCAUUGUUGACGGCGACUGGCGAAGGGGUCUGUCGCUGCAUCAACAUGCCAUGAUCGACUUUGCUGCUUUGGAGCGGAACGACCACGCAUUGAGAUGGAGUGCCCUCAAGCUGGUGCCGCUGGAAGUGGAAGAGCAGAAGGGAAUGGAGGAUGACGACGACGAUUCUCAUCCUCCCAAGAAGAGGCGAAAAUUGAUGCAUCCCGAGGCCGAAGCGCCUUAUCCUCAGGUCUCCCCACAGGCAUUUCUCUCCGCCUUGAAGGCAGAGAUUUCACCUUUGGUCAAAGCCCACUAUCACCUCCAUCGCAUGCCGCCGCCCUGCAAACUCACGAUUCUGCGACUGUACAUCACUCCAAACUCGGCAUUUGCACCUAAACGAUCCAAAGUCCCCGCCCGGGCGAAGCAAGCCACCGAUGCGGGCCGGAUCAUGUACAUCGCUCUUCCCGACAGUUGCCCUUACAUCUACAUCUCGAUAUCCGGGUCCUCGUUGGGCUCCAGCGGUCGAUCAAGUGGCACGACAGGUCGGGUGAUGGCUAAGGUCGAUAUGGCCGCCACGAAGAGGAUCAUCCUCGAAGCCAUCCCAAAGGCUCUCUCUCGCCCUCAGCGUCGAUGGGCACUGGACACAACGAAGCUCGUGGCCAAGUCUCUCAAGACCAUGUGCGAGCUGAGAGGCAAUCAGAUGCCGGGUUCGGGUGGUGGCGCGUACAGUGUCUUUGCGGCCGGGACGAAGACAUCCGAAAAGAGCCCUGUCCACGUCCUCCGCGACGAAUCGGACAAAGAAAAUGACGAGAGACUGCGCCAGGUGGAGAAACGCUUCGGGGAGAUGUCUGGGGAGCACCAUGCACCACUCGACCGUUUCUGCGUGAAGCUUCGCAAACAACCGGACGAAGAGAACGACAAGCGACUUCCUCUGGUUCAGAAACCAUUCGGAAAAGAUAUGUCCGGAGCACAGCAUGCACCUCUUGGCUGUUUCUCCAUGGGCCUCCACAACAUCAUACCGCUUGAGCUCGAUGAAAAGGAUUCGUCAGAAGAACAAGACAGAGACGGCGGCAGCAGCAGAGGCGGUACCGCCGUGACGUUUUGCGGCAGCGAUGUAUUCCAGGGAUUGAAGGAGCUGGCUAAACUGGGACCGAAGUACGUCGACUUGGACAAAAUGCCCUCUUGGAUGACGGGCGAACUGGGCGUGAGCAGUGUGACCGCCUAG